CUACAUUUUUUCUACAUAUCGUUAUUUUUUUAUAUGUCAAGGCUUCAGUAUUUUUUGUGCAGCCAUCAUUGUUGAUGCAAGAAUAAACGAGAAUUAAAAAGUUAGACAUUUAUAUUACACAUCACAUUUAGACUCUUAAAUUUAGCUGUCUCAGUAUUAGUUUGAGAACGAAUCAAUUGGCAGAAAUUAUCUAUAAGGAAACAAUUUACAUAGUAUUUUCUUUUUUAAACCACAUAGGUGAAGCGACAGAUGUUGCAAAUUUUUUGCAAUCAGUUAAACUAGUUCAAAACAUUAAGAUAGCAAGAUGAAAUAUAUCAAAUGUUUGAUAAUGAACACUAGCAGUUAAAAUUGUCGCACUUAGGCCUAUUUUCCAACUAAAGAGGAAACUCAUAGAAGCAGUCACAUCGCUUAAUGACUAAACGUUAACGUUUUAGAAACAUUAGCAGUUUUACGUCAGAUAAAAUCUCCUUUUCAUCGCCUAUCAUUGUUCUAAAAUUUCCUGAAAUUGUCUCUCAAUUAUUAGUUUUGUUGCACCUUGUCUGCACACAAAACUCACACACUAAACUAGCAAGCAGUUGUUUGGAUAUGUAACUUAUAUGCGUCUGACAUUUCACAUAUCGCAAUUACGAAAGUAUAUUUAUAUAUUGCUUUAAGGGUAGUGACAGGAAUACAACUAACUACACAACUAAUUGAUCCAUAAUAGAUUGAGAAUAACCCUCACAAAUAUGAUAUUAAAAGCAUGUUGAGAAUAUUGACCUAAGCUCGAUCUGGUUAACUAUUGAAAGCAGAUAAUUUGGCAUGCACUGAUAUUGUCAUAAGUAUUCAGACAUACAUGAUCAAUAAAAGAACACAAGAAGAAGAAUAUGAAUAUAAAUUGAGAUAUAGUUGUCUUAAGAAUGAAAUAUCAUUUCUGAACAGCUUCACAAAAUGAUCAUUGAGACUAGUGUAUAUGUAAGUAUUUGUGAGAUUUUAUGACCUUUGGAUAUACUUAUUAGUUGAGUUCAAAUAGUCUUUAUUAAGAGAAUUAAUUUAUGCUUCAAUGAUGAAAAGAAAAGUGUAAAUCAUAUCUAUGCUUUCACUUAUUAAACUACCCUAAAAUUUGAUGUAACUUAGAGAAAAAAAAAGAAAAAUAUUAACGAAAAGUAUGGUAGUGAUCUUAUUUGUGAUGAAAAAUUAAAUAUGCCUACCAAGCGCUAUUUUAUUGAAUCAUAUAUAGAAAGAUGCAGUUUUUCAUGGGCUUUCUCCUAGUGCUAAAAACAUUUUGGGAGAGAACUGUUCUGAUAUACUUUUAAGACAAAAACAUAAAAUUUUUUUCUAAAAAAUGGUUAUUUUUGCCUAUUUUUUGAAUAAAAAUCAGUACAUUAGAGGCCAUUUAAACACGAUUUUUAUUUAAGAUUCUUGUUCUAUGAUAAUACAGUUAAUAGAUCUAAUCGAGAUGCGUUAUUUGAUACUAAAAAAGUGGAGUGUUCAAUAGUAAUAUAUGUUGUCCUCGGGAUGUUAAACAGAAUUCUCUGCAAUUCAUCAAAAUUUUCAAAAAUUGAUAAAAGAGGACCCGAGUGUGGUUUCAAAGAUCCCUUCAUAUCUCGUGAUGGAAUUUUCAGAAAGAGCUAAAAAUUUGGUUCUAAGCCUAACUUUUCACGCUCUUUCGAAUGGUCAAACUCAUUUCAAAAUAAAAAUUUUUUUCAAAUGUCGGUGUUUGAUAUAUUUGGUCGAUUUUCUCAUGGACCCUCUCCUAAUAGAUUAAUCUCUUAGAUGAAGAUAGUCAAGAAGAUGAUUCUGAUCAAAAUGAACGUACGAUGAACAAACGACAAGGUGGUUAUAAUGUAAUUAAUAAAGAUCUUAAAUGUAAAAUCGAAUGUGUUGGUAAAUUACGAAAUCCCGAAACCGGUCAAGGAAUGUCAGUUAUAGAUGCAACUAAAGCUUGUAAAAACAUCUGUGCUAUUCCAAGCAAAAAACGUCAACAGAAAAGAGCCAUUGCACAACAAAAGGUACAACUUCGUCAAAAGAGUUUACGUGAAUCACACUGA